CCCCCGUUACGGAUUGCUUUGAUUCGUCUGGAUUUUGAGGCCAACAUGUCUGGAAAUGAUUACUACUUUUUCCCCCUACGUGCACACACAUACACACAUGAGCACACACGCGCGCACACACACACACACACACGCACACACGCACGCGCACACACACACACACACACACACUUGCGUGCGCACACACACUCAGAUGGCUCUUUGGGGGUUUGUUUUUGUUUGAAAGUUUAAACCACCGCUGUGUUCAGGACAUGAGAUUGGCUAGCUGUGAUUUUUUUCUUCUGAAGAGUAGGAGGUGUUAUCGGAGUGUAUUCGGUUUCCAUUAGCAGAUUUCUGAGGAUGCUGAAGCAGACGACUUCCUGUAGCAGACACUGAGCUCUGCUCCUGCACCAGAGAUUCUGACGUCACUGCGAGGAGACCCGCAGAGCGCGCGCUACUUCCUCUUUGGAGAGGAGCGGAGACUCGGGCAUGAUGUUGGACUCGCUGCUGCUGCUGUUGCAGAAAAUGUUCUUGUUUGCGCACCGGGACUUUUUCAGCGUCGUGGCAUCGAGAGCCGACAAGCCGAGGCGCGCGGAGAGGACGGAGCGCGCGGGAGCGGAAGUCACAGCGCAGCUCGAGCGCGGAGAUCUGCUCGAGGUUCCCCGCACGCUGUUCGUGCACUUCGGGAUCUACUUGGGCGACGGGAAGGUGGCGCACCUCAUCCCCGACAUCCUUCCGCUUCUCACGCGCGAUGAGCUCCGCGUCCGCGCCGUAGUGAGCAACAAGCGGCUACUGCUGGGAGUGCUGUGCCGCAGAGCCGCCGUGCGCGUCGACACGCUCGAGGACUUCGUGUACGGGGCGCGCGUGCUGCUCAUCAACGCCAUGGACGGUGUGCUCGGUGUGCAGCCCGCGCCUAACGAGGAGGUCGCGCGCACGGCGGAAAAACUGAUCGGCGCUGUUCGCUACAGCCUCCUGUGGAACAACUGUGAGCACUUCGUCACGUUCUGCCGAUACGGUACCGGGAUCAGCCUGCAGACCGACAAGUUUUGUGAGUGCCUGAAAUCUGUUCUCCGGGAUCAGAGGAGUGUCCUGGUCACUUCAGUCACUGGGAUAUUUCUCAUAUUGUUCCUGGGAUUAUCCGCAUGCACAGCACUUCCUGUCCUUCUCGUCUCCUUCAUCCUCUGGAUGGUCGGAUAA